UAAUCAACCAAUCAGCGCGACAGGCUGCGACCCAAACACGGAAGCAGCUCAAAAGCUCGCCAAAGCAAAAGUUAUUCUGUUGUCAAAUAAAUGCGGAUUAAACGUUAUUCUCCAUGUGAACAGUUCAAACCACAGGUCACAUUGUCUGCCGGAGAUGACUUUCCCUUGGUUUCGCGUUGCAGUUGUAUUGUUUGUUGUCGCCAUCGUUGUACACAAUCAGGCGAUGCCGCCUUUUCUGCCCGCUGCCAUCGGUGUGUGCUCUCUGGCCGGGAUGGCGGUCAUCUGGAGGGACAUAAGCUCGAAGAUGAAAGGUGGAAACCGGACGUUGAGCAGUCUGCUCAGCCAGUAUCUGGCGGUGAAGGGUGUGGGCUGGCUGGGCAGGCGGCAGAGAAAGAAACUCGAAGCCGAUACUCUCAAUGUAAAGCAAGUCCAGGAGGAGACUCUGCUGCUGCGCCUGCGUAAAAACGCAAACACAUGUUAUGGAAGACAGUUUGACUUCAGCUCAAUUAAAGACAGUGAUGGGUUCCGGUCGCGUCACCCCAUCACGACAUACAACCACUACCGCGAGCUCAUCAGACGCAUCGCGGCGGGAGAGGAGAAGGUGAUCAUUGCUGAGAAGCCCCUGAUCCUGGCCAUGACCUCCGGGACGUCAGGAGCCAGCGCUAUGCUGCUCAGCACCAAGGACACCAACACUGAGUUCUUCCUGCAGGGAGUGGCUGUGUGUUUGGAUGCCAUGGGAAGAGCAUUUCCUGCGACCGACAGCCUCCAGCGCACCACCAAGUUCUUCUAUUCGCCUACUUUUCGGCAAUCUGAGGCGGGUAUUCCCAUCGGACCAAACUCCUCCACACCAGCCUCCUCCCGCCACAUGCUCAACCUCUACACCACCCCAGCACCCGCCUUUGAGGUUCCCAGUGAGAAGGACACCCUCUACCUGCAUCUCCUGUUUGCUCUCAAAGAUCCCAGUGUGGGAACACUGGAGUCCAACUUUGCUUCCACGGUCUUCUAUGCUUUCAGUACUUUACAGGACCGCUGGCAGGAGCUUGUGGAGGACAUUGAACGAGGGGAGGUCAGCAGCGCUCUGGCUCUGGAGCCCAAAGCGAGGUCCAGACUUGAAGCUCUGAUGAAGCCGGACCCACAGAGGGCCGCUCAGCUCCGGGCCCACUUCCAGGACGGCUUUCGUGGGAUCGCCAAGCGGCUGUGGCCUCACCUCCACCUGGUGCUGGCAGUGGACUCAGGCUCCAAUCAGAUCUAUGGGGAAAUGUUGAGGGAGAACUACUGCCAGGGAGUGCCUUUCUAUUCGCCUUUCUACGCUGCUACUGAAGGUUUAAUAGGGGUGAACCUGUGGCCCCAGGAGCCAAACAGAGGCUACAUGCUGUGUCCUCGCUCAAUGUUCUGCGAGUUCCUGCCAGAGAGCAGCCUGGAGGAAGAGACGCCUCACACCCUGCUGAUGGAGGAGGUGGAGGAGGGACAAAACUAUGAGCUUGUUAUCACCAACGCUUCAGGACUCUUCAGAUAUCGCAUGGGAGACAUUGUGAAAGUAGUUGGAUUCCACAACCAGUGUCCCAUUGUUGAGUUUCUAUACAGGCGGGGUCAGAUGUUAAGCGUUCGAGGGGAGAAAGUGUCUGAAGCGUUGUUCCUUGAUGCUCUAAAGAAAGCUGUCGCUCAGUGGCCGGGAGCUCAGUUGGUCGACUACUGCUGCGCAGAGAGCGGCAUCAUGGGAGAUUCGAUAGGCGGCUCAGAUCCUCAUUACCAGGUCUUUAUAGAGCUGAAAGGGGUGAGAAGACUCACAGAGGAGCAAAGAUACAAGUUGGACCUCUGCCUCCAGCAGGACUCUGCUGUCUACAGGUCUUUCCGUAUCAAAGGCAGCAUCGGACCAAUGAGGGUGCAGCUGGUGGCGGACGGUGCGUUCAAGGAACUCCGCAAACACAUGAUGGCCUUCUCUAACACCUCGCCCAACACCUUCAAAAUGCACCGAGUGCUGCGCAGGAAAGAAUACUGGCGACUUCCUCUUGGAAAAAACAGUUUCCUGAAACCUCCCGUUGUUGUGGAGGACGAGACAAAGCUAGUGGACUCUGACCGUGUUGAGCGCUGACUGCUCAUGAAUGAGUUGAUUAGGUGUGCCUUUAGUAACUCUAAAACACAAAAACACAUCGUUUGUUUUUAAAAAUUAAAAAAGUUGAUUCAACUGAUUUAUUUCCUCAACUAUAUUUAUGAUUUUAAUGGAGGAAACUGUUGUUGAAAUGUUUUCUUUAGGAUGUCUGUCUUCCAUAAAUAAUGCUAUAUAAAUUAUUUUCUUAUUA